AUGAUACCUUCAUUCAGGCUGGCCGCGGCAUUUUGCCUCCCACUGCUUGCCUUGACCCAGACUUCGCCACAGACAAGUGCACUCCUCAAAAAACUUGAAGGAAUCGAAUCAUGUGCCGGAUGCGAGACUCUUCUUGUCCAGCUUAAAGGCACCGCACUUCUAGGCGACACAGCCUUCAUCGAUGCCGUCGCCGGAGUAUGCAAGCUGGCGAGAGCAGAAGACAGCGAUGUCUGUGAGGGCAUCGCAGAAGCAGAGGGACCAGUCCUGGCACAUGCCCUCCGAGCAAUGAGUCUACCUUCCCAUACUUCUCAGCUCUUUUGUACAGCAGUACUUGGCCGGUGCGAUAUCCCGAAUGUCAGGCCCUACAAUGUCACAUUCCCAAAGCCUGAACCAGAAGCGACACGGCCUCCACCCAGUGGCAAGAAGCCUUUGCAGUUUGUGCACUUCAGUGACAUACAUGUCGACCACAAGUAUGAAACAGGAAGCAACUCCAACUGCUCCAAACCACUUUGCUGUAGAUCUUACACACCAGAAGACGCUCCCGGCAACAACUCCUACCCAGCCGGACCAAACGGCGAUCACAUGUGCGACUCACCCAGAUCCCUCGAAGAGAGCAUGUACCACGCCAUCGAAGCGUUCGCUCCAAACGCUAGCUUCGCGCUCUUCACCGGCGACAUCCCCGACCAUGCAGUGUGGUCCAUUGAGAAAGAAGACGUCAAGUACAGUUUGCGGAACGCUUACGAUACAAUGGCAUCUAUCCUCACAAUCCCCGUCUACGGCACAGUCGGCAACCACGAAGCAGCACCAACCAACAGCUUUCCCAGUCACGCCACAGUUGACCCAAUAAGCAGCCAAUGGGUCUACUCCAUCCUCUCCAAAGCCUGGCGAAAAUGGCUCAAUAACGACUCCAUCACAGCCUCCGACUACGGCGCAUACGCACACCACGUCCCAGGCACGAACCUCAAGGUCAUCUCCGUAAACACCAACCUCUGGUACAAACUCAACCUCUGGGUCUACGAAGACACCAUGCAAUUCGACCCCAACUCUCAACUCGCCUGGCUCGUCUCCGAACUUCAAGCUUCCGAAGAUGUCGGUGAGAGAGUGUAUAUUCUAGGCCACAUGCCGCCCGGCGUCGACGAUGCGCUGCGCGAUAGUUCGAAUUACUUCAAUCAGAUCGUGAACCGCUACGAUGCUACGAUUGCGGCGAUGUGGUGGGGGCAUACGCAUAAGGAUCAUUUUGAGAUUACGUAUGAUGAUUAUGAGAACCAGAGGGCGGAAGGGGCGAGGAUGGUGGGGUUUGUUGCUCCGUCACUUACUCCCACUUCGGGCUCGCCAGCGUUCCAGGUCAUCACCGUCGAUCCUGAGACUUUCGGAGUUCUGGAUAUCGAGACGUACGCUGCAUCUCUGGAGCACCCAGAGUAUCAAAAGUCUGGGCCGGUAUGGGAGAGGCAGUACUCUACGAAAGAGAGCUAUGGACCGUAUCUGGGCGUUUCGGGCAACGGGGAAGAGCUUACGCCCGCAUUUUGGCAUAAUCUCACUGAGGUGUUUGAGAGGGAUGAUGAAGUUUUCCAGGCUUACUUUGCCAGGAAGACGAGAGGGUGGAACGUCAGUCCUUGUGUUGAUGAAUGUAAAAAAGAUGAGAUCUGCCAAUUGAGGGCGGCGGAAGCACAGUACAAUUGCAUCAAGCCAGCGCCAAGGAGAUUUGUCAUGGAAAUGGAGAGUGGAAGUAGAGAGAAGCAGAACGAUGGCGAGGAUUGCCAUGGUGUUAGUACUGGGAGCAUCUUGAAGGAGAUUGCGGAUAGGCAUGUCAAGAGAGGUUACAAGCAGGACCUAUAG